AUGCCUGUAUGUUCAUCUAUCUAUCUAUCUAUCUAUCUAUCUAUCUAUCUAUCUAUCUAUCUAUCUAUCUAUCUCAUUCUACUCAGAUCUAUCUCAUUCUAUUCAGAUCUAUCUAUCUAUCUAUCUAUCUAUCUAUCUAUCUAUCUAUCUAUCUGUCAGCCGGUUGAUAUCUAUCUAUCUAUCUAUCUAUCUAUCUAUCUAUCUAUCUAUCUAUCUAUCUAUCUAUCUCAAUUUGUUCAUUAUCUAUCUGUCAGCCUGUUAAUAUCUAUAUCUAUCUAUCUAUCUAUCUAUCUAUCUAUCUAUCUAUCUAUCUAUAUAUAUAUAUAUAUAUAUAUAUAUAUAUAUCAUUCUAUUCAGAUCUAUCUAUCUAUCUAUCUAUCUAUCUAUCUAUCUCAUUCUACUCAGAUCUAUCUAUCUAUCUAUCUAUCUAUCUAUCUAUCUAUCUAUCUAUCUCAUUCUAUUCAGAUCUAUCUCAUUCUAUUCAGAUCUAUCUAUCUAUCUAUCUAUCUAUCUAUCUAUCUAUCUAUCUAUCUAUCUAUCUAUCUCAGUCUGUUAAUAUCUAUUUAUUUUUUUACCGAACUGUAUGCAUCUAUGUUCAUCUAUCUAUCUAUCUAUCUGAAAAGUAGACCAAAUAUUGAUGGUUUUAACACCGACCAAAUCAGAAAUUACCGAAGUAUAAUUGAACUCUAUCUAUCUAUCUAUCUAUCUAUCUAUCUAUCUAUCUAUCUAUCUAUCUAUGUUCAUACAUCUUGCUUUCUCUCCUCAUCUAUCUAUCUAUCUAUCUAUCUAUCUAUCUAUUUAUCUAUCUAUCUCUGUUCAUACUUCUUGCUUCCUCUCCUCAUCUAUCUAUCUAUCUAUCUAUCUAUCUAUCUAUCUAUCUAUCUAUCUAUCUAUCUAUGUUCAUACUUCUUGCUUCCUCUCUUCAUCUAUCUAUCUAUCUAUCUAUCUAUCUAUCUAUCUAUCUAUCUAUCUAUCUUCAUACAUCUUGCUUUCUCUCUUCAUCUAUCUAUCUAUCUAUCUAUCUAUCUAUCUAUCUAUCUAUCUAUCUAUCUAUCUAUGUUCAUACUUCUCUUCCUCUUCUAUCUAUCUGUCUCAUCAUCUAUCUAUCUAUCUAUCUAUCUAUCUAUCUAUCUAUCUCUAUCUAUCUUCAUAUACAUCUUGCUUUCUCUUCAUCUAUCUAUCUAUCUAUCUAUCUAUCUAUCUAUCUAUCUAUCUAUCUAUCUAUCUAUCUUCAUACAUCUUGCUUUCUCUCCUCAUCUAUCUAUCUAUCUAUCUAUUUAUCUAUCUAUCUCUGUUCAUACUUCUUGCUUCCUCUCCUCAUCUAUCUAUCUAUCUAUCUAUCUAUCUAUCUAUCUAUCUAUCUAUCUAUCUAUCUAUCUUCAUACAUCUUGCUUUCUCUCUUCAUCUAUCUAUCUAUCUAUCUAUCUAUCUAUCUAUCUAUCUAUCUAUCUAUCUAUCUAUGUUCAUACUUCUUGCUUCCUCUCCUCAUCUAUCUAUCUAUCUAUCUAUCUAUCUAUCUAUCUAUCUAUCUCUGUUCAUACAUCUUGCUUUCUCUCCUUAUCUAUCUAUCUAUCUAUCUAUCUAUCUAUCUAUCUAUCUAUCUAUCUAUCUCAUACUCAGAUCUAUCUAUCUAUCUAUCUAUCUAUCUAUCUAUCUAUCUAUCUAUAUGUAUAUAUAUCAUUCUAUUCAGAUCUAUCUAUCUAUCUAUCUAUCUAUCUAUCUAUCUCUGUUCAUACAUCUUGCUUUCUCUCCUCAUCUAUCUAUCUAUCUAUCUAUCUAUCUAUCUAUCUAUCUAUCUAUCUAUCUAUCUAUCUACAGGACAAUAAUUUAUCACUGGAACUAUCUAUCUAUCUAUCUAUCUAUCUAUCUAUCUAUCUAUCUAUCGUUUCUUUAGCUCUUAUCCUCCUUCUUGUUCUGUCUUUCUUUCUUUCUUUCUUUCUUUCUUUCUUUAUUUCAAUCAUCUUCUUCUUCUUCUUUCUGUCAUUCUUCUUCUUCUUCUUUCUGUCAUUCUUCUUCUUCUUUCUGUCAUUCUUCUUCUGUUUCUUCUUUCUUUCAUUCUUCUUCUUUCAUUGUUCAUCUCCCUCUUUUUUCUUUCAUUUUUCUUCUUUCAUUAUUCUUCUUUCUUUCUUUCUUUCUUUCUUUCUUUCUUUCUUUCUUUCUUCUUCUUUCUCUCAUUGUUCUCCUUUCUAUCACUCUUCUUGUUUUUCUUUCAUUCUUCUUCCUUCAUUUUCCUUAUUCUUUUUCUUUUUUCAUUCUUUUUCUUUCUAUCAUUCUUCUUUUUAUCUUUCAUUAUUCUUCCUCUUCUUCUUUCUUUCAUUUUUCUUCUUUUUUCUUUCAUUCUCAUUCUUCUUCUGUCAUUCUUUUUCUUCUUCUUCUUCUUCUUUAUCUUUCAUUCUUCUUCUUUUUCUUCUUCGUCUCCUUUCUAUCAUUCCUCAUUCUUUCAUUCUUUAUCAUUCAUUCUUCGUCUUCCCCCUCUUCUUUCUUUCAUUUUUCUUUUCUU